AUGAACGGAACGGAGUCUAUAUUACAAAACAACACAACUCAAACAACUCCACUACACAUAGCUGCAUCUUUUGGGCACAUUGGAUUUGCCAAAGAAAUUAUGAAGCAAAACCCAGAGCUCACCCUGAAAAAAGAUGAAUCAGGUUUUUAUCCUAUCCAACUUGCUUCUGCUAAUGGCCAUGUUGAUGAAGGAAGGGCAGAUGUUAUGAGGGAAAUUCUCUUUGUUAAUCCCCACUAUGCUAGGUCCUUAACAGGAGAGGGUGAAACAAUUCUCUAUCUUUGUGUUAAGAAGAAUCGUUUUGAGGACUUGAAAUUUUUGGUGGAAAAUCUUCAUGUCCUUGCCUUUGUGAACUUGCCAGCCACAGAUGGAAAUACUGUUUUGCAUGCUGCAGCCUCUAGGAAAAUGCUUCAGUUCAUAAAAUUGUUAGUACAAGUGCCGGGAAUCGAAAUCAAUGCUUUGAACUCAAAGGGCUUAACUGCAUUGGACACCUUAGAGCUGGACUCAAGCAAAUCCUAUGACAUGGAAAUUCAACAAGUACUUAUCACUGUAGGAGCAAAAAGAAGCCGUGAUUUAUCAUCAUCAACAACAAUUAUUCCACAAAACAAUGGUGGGUCAGAAAAUCAAGCGAUAUCUAUUAUGCGGAGUUCCCAAUCAGCAGGGCAAGAUAGAAGGAGUUCCCAAUUAGUAAGGCAGGAUAGAAAAAAGGGGAAAAAGAAGCCACGACAUCUAGAGAAGCAAGACUGGAUAAGCAAGAGCAAGGGCACAAUCAUGUUGGUAGCGGUGUUGAUCGCCACCAUCACAUUUCAAGCUGGUUUUACUCCUCCUGAUGAGUAUGUUCAACGAUGGACCUAUGAUGUAUUCCUUAUUUGUGACACAGUGGGUCUAGUCACCUCAUUAUUUAUUAUCAAACUUCUAAUGAGCUUAGUAUCUGUGAAGCAAAAACUACUCAUGCGAUUGUUGAUGGUCACUAUGUGGAUCUCUAUCUACUUCACGGCCAAUGCAUUCUUCUAUGGGGUGCUUCAAUCUAAAUACAACGACCAUGCUGCUCAAGUAAUGUUUCAAAUCACAGUUGUCUUCUUUAAUGGAGGUAUAGGGCUUGUCACACACAUAAGGCUUUUGAGGUUGAGCAUUCAUUGGUGGAGGAAAGGCCGUUCAAUGACGACAUUGCUAGUAGUCCUCAUGUCGCCAUUUGCCUACCUACCCACUGCAAUCUUGUUCAUAUUUGCGAGGCCUUUAUUCGAUGGAGAUUUAGCUUCUUGGUUUACAAUUCUUAUGGUUUGGAAUGCAAUGUUUGUUAUACCAAUCGUUAUUGGUUACUUCAUUUUUUCUAGUAUGAGAAAGGCUUUCCUGGGCAAGAGAAAGCAUGAGCAUGUAGAGAAUGAGGAUAUUUUCAACAGGGGGAUCGAGCCGGAUAUCGAGUCAGGCAAUGGAAAGGAUUUGACGCUCGACCAAAAUCAAUCUUGGGCAUGA